AGAAAAUCAAACAGUAAUUAAGUCAGUUUGAGUUUGAGUCCAAACGGAGACCCAGGAACGAAUAUCAGUAACCUUGGUAAACCCUAGCGCAGUAGCCCGUUCCUCGGAGUCCCAUCACUGCAUCUUCGCCGCUGUUCUGUUGCCGCAACCUCGUCGGAGCACGAUUUCUCGAACCCUAGCGCCGUGCCUCUCGUCUUCUUCAUCUUCACACUUCAACUCAGGAUAUAGGGUCAAUGUUUUAUCUCAGUAAGAUUGAGCAUAAAUUGACCUUGCCUCCGUCUCUUCUUGCUCUUCCCAUUGGAGAAGCCAUACACACGGAGCUUGAGAGGCUUUUCUUGGAUAAGGUUAUUGCAAACCUCGGCCUUUGCACGUCGGUUUAUGAUAUCAUAUCUAUCGAGGGUGGGUCUAUCUUCCCUGGUGACGGUGCUCCGACCUACCUGGUGGUAUUUAAUUUGAUUAUGUUUCGUCCAUUUCCGGGGGAGAUUAUUACUGCAAAACUUGUUUCAUCUGAUGCUGAUGGCUUGCGCUUAUCCAUUGGAUUCUUUGAUGACAUUUACAUUCCUACUCAUCACAUGCCCAAUCCAAACCACUAUGUACCAGCAAAUAGCACCAAAGGCACAUGGUUUUGGGAUUUUGAUGAAGAAAAUGAUUUAUCAUUUGGUAUUAAUUAUUCUGAUGAGAUCAAAUUCCAAGUUCAAAGUGUGAGUUACCCACCAAUUCCAGUUGAGCAACCAAAAGAAUCAAAGCCAUUUGCCCCAAUGUUGAUUAGUGGAUCAUUAGAUCAAGAUGGUCUUGGCCCUGUAACUUGGUGGUGAUGAGUUCAUUCAUUCCCAGGUUUUAUUCAUUUUCAAGAUUACGAUUAGAAGAAAUCACUCCUAUUUUGCUUCAUAAUAAAAGCAAACCGUAGAAGAAAUUAGUCGUAAUUACUUAUUAGGUUAGAAGAAAUUAAUGGUUUGCUCAUGUUCUUGUGGACAUCUCUUAAAAACAUUAACAUGGAAUGUGAUUCAAGUAGUCUAAUUCAACCCCUCUUAAGAUUUCACACUCAAUAUUUACUGUUUGUAUAUUGGAGGAGGGACAAAAGGUUUUUCUUUACAUUCCUCUCCAACUUCAUUAAAUAGUUGAAGUUGUUCAACUUCUUCAUUCUCA